CGUAUCCGUCAGACUGUGCUGCUGUUUGUGGCCGAGUUUUUUUUCGUCUGGACCCUUUUUUGGUGAUGGUGUUUUUGGCACUUUCCAUCGUGUUUUCCCUUCCCAACUGCCAUUGUUCCUACCUCCGCCGUAGGUAUCAGGUCCUACCAAAUCGGUUUCGCUUUCCCCAUCUCAGAUCGACCUUUCCUUCUCCCUUUUUCACUUUCCCAUGCUGCCAUCGGUGGAGGGGUGUACCCAGAACCCACUCAAUAUCAGGAGCGUGCUCCGAACCCCUCCCAUUGGCUGGCAUCACCCGUACAGCCAAUGGGAGCACCUCCUCACAUGGACCCACGUGAUGGAUAUCUGACCUGGGCCCACCGAUCGAGAUUCGAGACCUUUCACUGUCCAGUCACCAGUGUGUUCCUUCCUCUUCCCGAAAUCCCAACUGAGCAAGCAUCCGGGUGGGAUAAUUGAGAGAGAAGGAGCGGAAGCCGCACUCGCACUGCACCUGCAUACAGUUUGCGAUUUACCCUCGGUCGUUCCUGCUUACUCUGUUUCUUUUCUCUUGCAUUUCAUUUCGUAUUCCUUCUAUCCGAGUCUACCGGUAUUUUACCCUCCAAGGAAAAGGCGAGUCUGACAAAUCUGGCAACCCGCGCAGACUUGCAUUGCAGUCCCUCUCACCGGGGGAAGGAGAGAGAGAAAGUGAAGAGAAAACGCAACAAGGGGAAAGAGCUGGUCCAUGCGUUUUGGGGGUUGAGGUGAAAUUCCUCAGCAAACUGCCGUUGGAACAUCAAAAAGUGCCACGGCCAACCGUCUCAUCCGGAACAGACCAAUAAAUCAUCCCGGGAAAAGAAACGAACAAAACAAGCAGCGGAAAAACACAAAAGAGAAAAAAGGGAGGGAGGACAAGGCAACUUGCGGUCAAGCUUGAAUCUCAUGUCGCUCCCCGCAAAGCGUCGUCGCGUCAUUCUACCCGCACCGGGUGCCCAACCCUCCGGAUCGUUCCCAUCAACUUCAUCAUCACUGGUAGCAACGCCGUCUAACCAGCCCUCCGCCUCGGGACGCGGAUCGACCGGAGGAAUCGGAAGUAGCGAGGAACCGUUGUUAGGGAACGACACAAGUCGCGAUCUUCAGUCCAGAAGUCAGAGCAUCGACUCAUCCUCAGCCGAUGCCAAGAAGCCUAGGACCGCUUCUAAACGACAGGUUAUUGCAGUUGCUUGCGAUAACUGCCGCCGGAGAAAGGCAAAGUGCGACGGCCAUCGCCCAAAAUGCCAACACUGCUCCAAAAGGGGCGUCGAGUGCCAUUAUGAGGCCAACCAGGGCGAGACCGUGAGUCUUGCGCUCAAGCGCAAGGCAAACGAUCUCGAAAGCGAAAAUGUCCAGUACAGGGAGCUUUUUCGCAUGGUCUGCACCAAAUCUGAGGACGAGGCAAAGGAGAUUUUUCGCCGCAUACGCCUGUCUGGUGACCCCCUCAGAGUCCUCGAGUCCAUCCGCCAGGCAGAGAUUCUGCUCCCCUCUCUCCCCGUCAAUGACCGCGUGAGCGAUUCGCGCCUAGCAAAGCUCAACGAAAGGGCAAUGGAAAACAGCCUCCUCCGCGUGCCGGCAAAACCCUGGACCACAGUUGCAGACGAUGGUAUUGUCUCCGAGUUGAUUACCGACUUUUUCAGUUGGGACAAUGCCAGUUGCUUUCCCGCCGUCGAGCAGAACUUGUUUCUCGAGGACAUGAGGUCUGGAAAUAUUAAGCGCGCCAAGUGGUGUUCUCCAAUCUUGGUCAACGCAAUGUGUGCAGUUCGUGCUCCAUUUGUCGCAACCGUCAAAGAAUUUCAUACCUACACAGGUCAAGAUCUGGCGAGGUCAUUCCGGGAAGAGGUUAUGCAGCUGGUGGAAAAGAGCCAUGGCCGGGCGUCAAUCCCUACAAUCCUUGCCCUUGUCCUCGUGGACUGGUCAGCGAGUAUUGCAGGUGACGAGGCCAGCGCCAAAAUGUACCGCUUCAUGGCCUGGGAAAGGUACAAACGCUUCAAACCGGAGCGACGCUUCGCCCAGCUCAACAAAGACGAUCCAAAUGAUGCGAUUGAAAUGCUCGUCAUCUCGAAAGCUGUGUGGGCCAUAUUCUUGAUGGAGAGCCGCGUAUCGUAUUUCUACAACUCAACCGCAGAUAUCCCACCCCCGUCAAUACCUAGGUUAUUCGACAACUGUGGACGCGACGCACUCGAGCCUCUGGGCAACGUAGACGUUCUCGGCCGACCCUAUCUAGAAUCUACAAACCUGAUACCAAUCGUCCCUGGAAUUGCAACGGUUGUAUCCGAUCUCGCCAGGCUUCAGUAUGAUGUCAUGUCGUACCUCACGUCUGGCAGUACCAUCAAGGGAAGCAUCGAAGAUUUGAGACGCAAGAAGCACUGGUACUGCAGAUUGCAGGAGUUCAGGGAAGCGUUACCCAAACGCUUUCAAAUAGAAUACAACUUCACUCCUGCAACUUGCUUCUUAAGGAUGCAUGAGAACGAGCUAGCCUAUGCUGUCCUACAGUCACUCAGCCCAUCAACCAUCUUCGACACUCCCUUCACCCCACACUUAACAACCGUGAAGUCCCUCUGCCUCCAGCACUGCAUCUCCGACACAACCCUCGCAGAGUCAUACCUACAACGCUACUGUACGCACUCGUACAUCACCCGCGUCAUGUUUGUGGCGAUGCAACACCUCAUGCCCUAUCUCAACGAAGGACACGCUGCCACAAAUGACCUCUUCACCCGCCUCUGCAUGAUGGGCGGUAUCUCGGCGCGCGUCGUCCGAAUGUCAAUGUACCUCCUUCAAGCGGUGCAGGCCAUGGCCUGGGCAAUGAAGCAGGACAUCCCGGCCACCGCGAGGCCUUACCUCGAUCCCUGGGUGAGGCUGGCAAUCCAGGAGAGCGAGACAAAGGCACCGAGCUACGCUGUUCCGGACCGCGAUGAGAUCAAGGCCCUUCUGGCCGACGAUGACCAGAGCGAUGGGGGAUCUGGCGAGAGCGGCGCUGAACUGUGGGCAUUGGUGGAGAAGUGGGCUCUCAGCACCGGAAAGGGUCUCUCAUGAUAUGUUCAUACAGUUAAUAGGGAGCCUGGCGUUUUGGAAUGGUCUGCAUGGCAUGUGGUACAAGCGUGUUUGGUCAUGACGGGGAGCGAAGGAUCUUUUUGAGCAUUUGCCGUGACUGUGGCGGUCAUUAGCGGAACAGAGAUUUGGGCUGCGCGAGC